AUGGCUACAAUUAGAUGGGCACGCUCUCCGACUAUGGAUCGCCUAUUGUUGAAUUAUGGCUGGUGCCGCGGAGAACUACCCAACCUUUAUUUCAAGUGCUCGCCUGUUGUUCUGCUUUACCACGCGACCCUAGAACGGACGAGGCCAGAUAAAGACCAUUCAAGAUGUACCGAUGUAGCAUGUUGCGACAAUCAGAUCGAAGAUGGAACGUAUAAGCCUUCUCACGAUGAGAAUUGCCGUAGUAUGGAGUGUGGGAUGAUAACGGCGCCGGUUCAAGCUAUUUGUGAGGUUCUCUUAUAUGGCGGUAUCCCGAUCGUCCGGGUCGUGGAAGGCCCGUAUGAACCUAUAAUUGAGCUGGACAGCUUUAAUCUAGGUGAACCAGGUACAGUACCACCCUAUGUCGCGAUAUCCCACGUAUGGUCCGACGACGCAUGUGAAUGCUCUAAACCCAACUUCGGAAGGGGGGAGCCAUUUCUGGAUGGAUACGCUGUGCGUGCCGCUAGAAAUUGGUGUAAGAAAUCUAGCAAUUUCACGAAUGGCAAGGACGGAGAAGCAAUAGGAACCAGAGGCUUUGGACUGAUCAGGAAGCUAAGCUUGCGAGAGAUUGCAGAUUUCAGCUAUUUUCAGGGGCAGGGGGGGGAAGAGGAAGAGCUUCGCAUCAUGGCCAUUGAAGCGGCGGAGAGUCUUUGUUUAAAAGCUGAACUCUGCCAAAGGUUCUCUUCCCUUAUAGAAAAGCUGGGAGAUGGCUAUAUAAAUACACGUGUGGACCCUCGGAUAGAGGGCAUGCUCAAUUCACCUAGAGACCCGGUCUUUUCAUAUGGACUGAGCAUUCUAGGCCCUCUCCGGGGUAUCUUUUUCCGAUACACCAUGGAUAGGGAUAAGGACAUGAACCCAACGGAAAUACCUUAG